AUGAAAAAAGAUCUGGAUCUUCUGCCAAGCCAUCAUACAUUGUAUUCGUACCAUAAUCAAAUGUGUUUUUCAAAAAAAAUAAUGGACUCAACAACUGCUCAAGAAAGCGCUGAGAAUGGUCCGAUUGAGCAAAACGAAGGAUCACACCAAACUGAUGAGAGGGAAAAAAACCUUUUUAAUGAAUCACCAGCUAACCAACCUAGUAUUUCUGGUACACAAAAGAAGCGCAUGUCAGAUCCGUCGGGUGAAUUGGAUGCAAAAAUGUUAAAAUUUAUCGAUCACCAAAUACAGAUACCAAGGAACGAAGAAAACCGUCAUUUGUCAUUUUUCAGAGGCCUUCUGCCUAGCAUGUCAUCACUUAAUGAGGAUCAAAUUUUAGAAUUCCAAGCGGGCGUCAUGUCGUUGUUACAAAAUAUUAAAAAGAAAACCUCGCAAUACGCAUACAAUGACCAACACAAUUUACAAACACCAAAUCCUAUGCAAAAUAAUUAUCCGUGGCCAAAUUAUGAAUAUUAUAAUUAUGAAUUAUUUCUCCCACUGCCUCAACAACGUCAACCAUAUUUCCAGAACAUAACCGUACACCAACCAACAGCUAGCCCAGAAAGUGUGAUUUCAGCACCAGUUUCAGUAAUGUCAACCACAAGUCAAGAGUCCGAGGAAUACGACUUUGCUGAUAUAAUUUAG